GCCCAAUAAAGAACUGAACUGAACUCAUGGGUGACUGGGGCCCCGUGGUUGUUGCGACGGUGCUGUUCGUGCUGCUCUCGCCGGGGCUGCUGCUGCAGCUGCCGGGGAAGGGCGGCCGCCUGGUAGAGUUCGGCAACAUGCAGACCAGCGCCGCCUCCAUCUUCGUCCACUCCAUCAUCUUCUUUGCCCUCGCCGCCGUCUUCCUCGUCGCCGUCGGAGUGCACAUCACCACCGACCCAUGAACCACCCCAACCAACUAAUCUAUGGCAACCGAACCCUGCCCGCCUUCAGUUCCUGAUCUACAUCACGAGCAGCGAGAGCAUGUCUGCGAACAGCAAUCAAAUGUUUAUAUCUGUGCUCGUGCAGGUACUAGUACCGAGUGAUCCAUUUUGGAUGUUGGUGCGCCAGAGUAUGACUAAGUUAUUCAUUGCUAAUGAUCCAACUAGUUGAUUGUAUGGAGCAGCUAGCACCCAAUCAAAUUAUUGAGUCGACCUUGCACUUGUUUCUCUCUUGGAAUUGUUUUCCAUUUCUUAAAAAAAAGAAUGUAAUUCACUUC